CAACAUGGCGGCGCCCGCAGAACACGUUGAAACCGAAUCACCGGAGCAAACAGACCCUCCAGAGACCACCACGGACCCUCCAGAGACCACCACGGACCCUCCGGAGGCCUCCGCGGACUCGGACCCGGACUCGGACCCGGAUGAGGGUCCGGAGGAGCCUCGGACCCGGGACACCCCGCAGGACAUCCGGCUGGAGGCCAUCGCCAACACGGUGGCGAUGCACCCGAGCAGGGACGUGCUCGUGUGCGGGGACGUGGACGGGGACAUCUACGCGUACUCGUACUCGUGCACGGAGGGCCAGACCCGGGAGCUCUGGUCCUCCGGGCACCACGUCAAGUCCUGCAGGCAGCUGCGCUUCUCCCGGGACGGCCGGCAGCUCUACAGCGUGUCCCGGGACAAGGCCGUCCACCUGAUGGACGCAGAGCUGGGCAAGCUGGUCACGCGCAUCCGAGGCGCGCACGGGGCCCCCAUCAACAGCCUGCUGCUGGUGGACGAGAACAUACUGGCCACCGGAGACGACGGGGGAACCCUGAAGGUGUGGGACAUGAGGAGGGGGUCGGCCGUCAUGGAUCUGAAACAACACGAUGAUUACAUCAGUGACAUCGCCGUGGACCAGGCCAAGAGGAUCCUCCUCACCACCAGUGGCGACGGCACGAUGGGCGUCUUCAACAUCAAGCGCCGGCGGUUCGAGCUGCUGUCGGAGUCCCAGAGCGGCGACCUGACCUCGGUGGCCGUGAUGAAGCGCGGCAAGAAGGUGGUGUGCGGCUCCAGCGAGGGAACGAUCUACAUCUUCAACUGGAACGGCUUCGGAGCCACCAGCGACCGCUUCGCCAUCAAGGCCGAGUCGGUGGAGUGCAUCGCCCCCGUCACCGACAGCAUCAUAUGCACCGCCUCCAUGGACGGCUACAUCCGAGCCAUCAACAUCCUUCCCAACCGGGUCCUCGGCUGCAUCGGGCAGCACGUCGGAGAACCCAUCGAGGAGCUCGCCACGUCCUGGGACACCCGCUUCCUGGUCAGCAGCGCCCACGACCAGCUCAUCAAGUUCUGGGACAUUUCUGCUUUACCCGGAACGGUGGUCAAUGAGUACCGCAAGAGGAAGAAGAAAGACGGACGGAUGAAGUCUCUGUCCAAGAAAGCCCACGGAGACAACGACUUCUUCGCUGGACUUGUAGAGGAGACAGAGAAGAAGGAGGACGAAGAGGAAGAAGAGGAAGAGCAGGAAGAAGAAGAGGACAGCGGCAGCGAUUAAAGAAAAAGUUUAAAGUUGGAUUAAGUGCCUCAAAGAGUUUCUUCUGUGGACGAGAAACCAAACCACUGUUGGUGAUUUUGGGUUUGGGAUGUUAGGAAGACGUUUAUUUCAUCGUAAACAUAAAUAUGUGAAGAGAUGAAGAGAGAAUGUUCCAGAAGAUAACGAACCAAAUAUAAGAACAAAAGACACUAAAUAAUGGAGAGUAAUAACUAUGAAGUGAUAAAGACUGUUUCUGGUACAAACCAAAUGUCUCCAUAACAAUAAAAACUGUCUCUCUGGUCAGACUUGUAAUCCAAUAGUUCCUAAUUUAAAUAAAAAAAUAUGUUUUUUAUUUAUUUGCAGCUGUUUGUAUUUAGAAAACGUUCAAAAACUUAUUUUUAUAAGUGGUGUUUUUAUCGAAAAAAGUACAAUAUUGUUUUGGUAUCUUUACCAAAAGUCGGUUAUUGUAUUGAAAAGUUUCAAACAAUAACGAGCCACAGAUGAUUUUGGGGGCUAGUUAUACUCUGCUGGGUUCAUUUGUGACGAGAAUGUAUUCAUAUUAAGAUUAAAACUGUUUUUUUUAAUUAUGUGUAUACUUGUAUU